AUGGCAACAGCAGCAUACGUGGAUCAUUUUGCAGCAGAGUGCCUUGUCUCUAUGUCCAGUCGUGCUAUUAUCCAUAGUCCCAAAGGCGAGCCUGAUCCCCAGCCUGAUGCAGCAAUACCUCCUUCGUCAAAUGGAGAAGAUAAGCGGGAAGUCAGAGAAACUGGGAAAGACAAUGGAUCAUCAUUACUUGUGGUAGCUAGCAUUUUAGCUGAUCUCAACCAGCAUGUUCCAAACUCACCUGCCCUAAGGAUGGAAAAAACAGAGACCUUUGAUAUCACAGAACAAAUACACAUUUCUAUUGCUCAUAAGGAGUUUGGGGAAGAAAGUGUGUCUUCGGCUGGUAAGCGUGGAGGAGGAAGAGCAGCCACACCUACUAGCCUGGCUGCAGUAACUGAGCCAAGCCCCAGACAAAAGAACAAACGCACGAGAAGCUGGACUGACCCUGGAUCACCCCAGAAAAAGCACAAAUGCCACUAUGGGGGGUGUGAAAAAGUUUAUGGCAAAUCUUCCCAUCUUAAAGCUCAUCUAAGGACCCACACAGGGGAACGGCCUUUUGAAUGCAACUGGCAAGGAUGUAACAAGAAGUUUGCUCGCUCUGAUGAGCUGGCCCGCCAUUAUCGCACUCACACUGGAGAAAAGAAGUUCAGCUGUCCUCUCUGUGAGAAACGCUUCAUGCGCAGCGACCAUCUGACAAAGCAUGCCCGUCGCCAUGCUAAUUUCCACCCAAGCAUGCUCAAGAGGAGAAGUGGAAGCAGCUCAAGAACAGGAUCUGUCAGUGACUACAGCCGCUCAGAUGCCUCAAGUCCAACGAUUAGCCCUGCCAGUUCCCCAUAG